CUACCCCGAAACAAGUAUAAUGAGUGAAAUUAAUCAGAAAGAAUAUCUGAAGAGGUAUUUAUCCAAGGGUGAUAAGAAAGAGAAGAAAAGCAAACGCAGGAAGAAGGUCAAUGCUGUUACCAGCAGUAGGAUCAAAAUAAUAGACGAUGAUUUAGAUAGUCAGAUAUUCACUGAGGCUGUGCAGGAUGAUCUGCAGGAAGCUGAGGAUGCCCCUCAGAUUGUUGCAAUCAUUGAUGAUAGACCAGCCGAGCUGAGGACAGAUGUCUUCUUAAGCAGUACUUUUAAGCCAGUUAUAAUUGUGAAAGAGGAAAUUAACAGUGAUACAGAGACUUGUAAUGGGGAUGAAUACAGUCCAUCGAGAGUUAAAAAAGAGCAGAAUCCUGAAAAUGAUUAUAUUAGAGAGUUUAAGUAUGACAGUGUGAAGAAUGAGAAUGAUGGUUCUGAAGAUGACAGUCCUCCAAGGCGAAAUUCAGGUAGAAAUGGUGAUGUGAGUCCUCCAAGGAAGCAAAAGAGAAAUGAUGAUCAUAGUCCACCUAGGAGGAAUAGAAAUGAUGAUCAUAGUCCACCAAGGAAGCAUAAAAAUGAUGAUAAUGACCAUAGUCCUCCCAGAAGGAAUAAAUACAAUGAUAAUAGCCCACCAAGAAAGCAUAGAAAAGAUGAUGAUGACCAUAGUCCUCCCAGAAGGAAUAGAAAUGACAAUAGUCCACUAAGAAGGAAUAGGAGUGGCGUCAAUAGUUCACCAAGAAAGAUAAAAAAUGAAGAUAAUAGUCCGCCUAGGAAAAACAGAAAUAAUGACUCCAGUCCGCCAAGAAAGAAUAGAAAUGACGAUAGUGGUGGUUCUAGAAAUACAGAAAAACAAAGAAACGAUGAUUUCAGUCCGCCUAGAAGGAACAGAAAAGAUGAUAACAGUCCACCAAGAAGAAAGAGAGGAGGUGAUGUUAGUCCACCGAGAAGAAAGAGAGACGACGAAAGCCCGCCAAGAAGAAAUAAAGGAAGAGAUGCUAGUCCACCAAGAAGGAAUAAAGAAGACGAUUCUUCAAGAAAAAAUAGAAAAGUUGAUUACCGGAAACAUGAUAACAGCCCACCGAGAAGAAAUCGCGCUGAAAGAAACAGUCCUUUUAGAUGUGAUAAAAACAAUGAUAUCGUUAUAAAGAAAGAAAAGAGUGUUGAAAGAACGAAAUCCAGUGAGCCAAGUAGGAAAAGCAGAUGGGCGAGCGAUGCGGAAUCGUGCAAAAUGACGAAAACUCUGGACGGCAAAAAUGCCGGUCUUCAAAAUGCUAAGCUUCUGACGGAGGAAACGUUGGCGAUGAAGAAGCGAGAAGAGGAGCUUUUCAAAAGUAUUUCAGAAGAUGUGUCUGGUGCGAACGCUCCUACGGUGAUGAGGAAUCGUAAAACGGGGAAGAUAAGGGACGUCGAGGAGGAGAACGCGGAGAAACAGGAGAAGGAAAACAGGGAGGCUCUCGUGAAGGAAAAGUAUGCGAGAUGGGGUAAAGGUUGCAAGCAAACGGACGAAUACAACGAGAAGCUGCAACAGGAUGCUUACGAAAUGAACAAACCCAUGGCGAGGUACGCCGACGACGAAGACCUGGAACGGUACAAGAGAGAUCAAGAACGUGAAGGUGACCCGAUGUUGGCGCACACGAAGAAAAAAAAGAAGGAUACUGAGGAAAAAUUGGGAAUCAAUUCGAAACCACAAUACCAGGGUUCCUUCAUGCCGAACAGAUUUGGCAUUCGCCCUGGACACAAAUGGGAUGGCGUGGACCGAUCCAAUGGAUACGAGAAGAAAUUAUUUGAGAUUCAAAAUGCGAGACGGGCGGAACGGCAGGAAUGGCAACAGUGGAACAUGGAAGACAUGUGAAUUCAUUUUACAAUUUUCGCUUCUUCUUUAUCCAAAAUUUAUAUAGGAUAUGCAAAUAUGAUUUAAACUG